AUGAAGCUGGCGAGCAAGCGCUACCCGCGCUUUGUCUUACAAUUACAUGAUCGCAAUAUCAAUUUCAUCAAGUCAGUAGAGAAGGUAGAAGAAGAUGAAAUUGAAUUUUUCAAGGAUGGCAAACUUCAUAGCAAACGAAGACAUCCACCAAAUGCGGAUGAUGCAAAAGUGCCAUUCAAAAAUGCUGUAGCUUUAAUACAGACGCUGCAAGGCAGCGAUGCUUUCGGUGUUGAUAUGCUACCGAAUGCAAUACGAAACGGGCAAUUCGACAAGAUGGCUGGAGGAUUGCAUAACCCUGGGAUCAAUAUAUGUUUUAUGAAUGUAAUCAUACAGGUACUCACGCAUUCACCAUAUCUAGCACCUGCCAUGCUAAGGUCAGCACACGGAAGGGUGUGCCAAAACGCAAAACGAAAGAUGGUAUGUGUUGCCUGUGUACUAGAAGAACAUAUAAAACGGGCACUCAACACUUGUACCCCUACACAAAACCCAUUUGUACAUUUGGUACAAAAACUUAUAUGGACACAAUACCAACUGGGCCGACAAGAGGAUGCUUUUAUAUUCCUAAAACAUUUCUUCGAAGCACUCAUUAAGGGUUGCUACGGCUCAAAGUAUCCAUAUAAUUCACCUAUGGUCAUACCGCAGAAUGAUGUCAUGCGCAGUUUCGUAGGACGUAUCUUCGGAGGGUUCCUCCUGAAUGUUUUGAUAUGCGAAAAAUGCAACUACAGGUCAGAAAAAUUGGAAUCAUGUUUCGAUAUCUCCGUUGACAUAUACCGUGCCAAUAAAUUAGUUGACCUAUUGUCAUCGUUUGUCAAGGAGGAAACACUUGAUAGUAACAACAAGUACAACUGCCCAAUGUGCAAAAGACAUCAAAAAGCAACUAAGGCAAUGUCAAUUUAUCGCGCACCAAGGAUCAUGAAUAUUGUACUUAAGAGAUUCGGUAUGGCAGCAUCUGGCUGUGAGAAGAAUAAGAAGGAAAUAUCAUUCCCACUCAGCUUCUCCAUGUCACUACAUACGUCUAAACAAGAACAACCGGUAUGGCUCACAUAUGAUCUGUAUGCUGUGGUAUGCCAUUUGGGAAGGUCGUUACACAUGGGACACUAUAUCACUUUUAUCAAAGGACAACAUGGAUUCUGGAACCGCUUUAACGAUGCAAAUGUCACAUCUGUAUCGCAAAAUACAGUUCUAGCACAAAAACAAGAAGCAUAUCUGCUUUUCUAUGCCGCUAAGGAUGAUUGUGUUCAGAUAUGUGAUAUGCUUGUGAACGAUAAUGCCAUCACGAAUAUCUUCACCACAGAUCCUGUUCCUGAAAAUAGGAAUCUAGAAUCAACAAUAGUACAAUAUAGGACAGAUCUACUACACGCGGACGCUAUGGCUGAAGAUCACAGCGUCGAUUCAUGGUCGGAGGCUCCUAAUUGGGAUGAAGGAAAUGAACGGCCUGAACUCUGGCAAAUGACGCCAACAAUAACCGAAGACUCAUUACCUUUCCUUAAUUUGCCAGCGACCGAAAACAAGAGCGAUGGAAAUAUACGAACUUUAAACAAGGAGGAUGGAGUAACCACUACUAUGCCUAGGAGGUGCGUGACUCGCCGUAAACACGGAUAUAGGCUCAAACUCAUUAGGCUGUUAAGCCACCUUGUCACAGCUGAUGACAUGAUUCGCGAGAUUAUGCGAAUACAAGGGGGUAAUACACGUGAAAGGUCCUCUACUGUUGAUCCCGAUAACAUGCCGGAAGAGGAAAGCAGUACCGCACCGGCGCUGGAGUCACGGAGCGAUAAUAUAGGCACAUGGUCUGAUGCAGAGCAGGAUGAGACCUACCAAGAAUUGAGCGAAGCCAUACACCCUGCACUACCUAAGCGCUCUCAAGAAGAUAUUGAAUACGACCGAGGCAAAACGAAGAAGAAGAAGGGACCGCCUUCACAACCACUUGGUGAAGCACAAUACAUAAAGCACAAUUCAGGUGCAGAAAUUACUGUUCAUCAAAAAAGUGCUUUCGAUACAGUGUUGGAACGAAGGCAGAGAAGACACAACAUGGAGAGGCGAAAGAAUACCAAUGUUAAGCCCCAAUAUCCACGCAGAACAUCUAGGGGAAAUAAUUUGUCAUAA